CCAGGUCAAAAUUGAAAAAAAUGGUUGAUCUCACCGAGCUAAUGGAAAAUGAGGUAUUCAUGGCCUUCGCCUCCUAUACAACAAUUAUUCUUUCAAAAAUGAUGUUAAUGAGUACUACAACUGCAUUCUAUAGAAUCACAAGAAAGGUUUUUGCCAACCCAGAAGACUGUGGAGGCUUUGGCAAAGGAGAAAAUGCCAAGAAGUAUCUUCGGACAGAUGACAGAGUGGAACGUGUACGAAGAGCCCACCUGAAUGACCUUGAAAAUAUUGUUCCAUUUCUUGGCAUUGGCCUUCUGUAUUCUCUGAGUGGUCCAGAUCUGUCUACAGCCCUCCUGCACUUCAGACUCUUUGUUGGAGCACGGAUGUACCACACGAUUGCGUAUUUGAUACCCCUUCCUCAGCCAAAUAGAGGUUUGGCUUUUUUUGUAGGAUAUGGAGUUACUUUUUCAAUGGCUUACAGGUUGCUGAAGAGUAAAUUGUACCUGUAAAGAGAAUCAUACAACUCAUCAUUAAAUUGGUUUUUUAAAAAUUCUGUACUUCUCACCGGAGCCCAGCAGGUGAGGCUGCGGUGGCCAGG